AUGUUGGUCACCCGAAUGCUGGAGCCAGCCAAAGUCGUCCAAAAGGCUGACAACCAGUAUGACGAGCAGGUCAGCGUCAGGAACAACCGGCAGAUUUGGCUGAACUACUCUCAGGAGCAAAAUAUCCCAGAAGUCUUCCAUCUGCUCAAAAGGAUGCACCGGGCUGCUCGCAUUCCUGACGACGACGCAGAAGCGCUUCAAAUAGGUCACUAUGGCAUCGGUGAGAAGUACGAGACGCACCAGGACUCAGAUCCAAAGCGACUUGGAUCGCACGGCAGAGAGCCAUGA